AUGGCGACUAGCAGCCCCGCAGAGAUGAUAGCCUGCAUGACGAACCCAAGGAAUAACGAACAUGGCACUCUAAAGUCACUCUUUGAACAUACAAAGAAGGCUUUCACUCGAGAUGAUAUGAUGAUAAACCCAAACGCACUACCUCCGGAGCAACCGGCAUCUUAUGAUAUUCUUCGCAGAGCCAACAUAGUAACGUUUCUAGUCAGUAUCUUUGACAGCCGCGGCCCUGACUUCGUACUUUUGAACAGACUGUUCCUAGAGACUUUUGUUCCUCUAGGCAGUCGACUCUACAAAUGGCAGGGAGCGCUGUUCCUGGAGCUAAAGACCCAAGCGUAUAUAUCAUCAAUGCUGAGCGGCAGCUCCAACCGACAGGAUGUGAUUGAUGAGUUUUUCCCAGGCAACUUGGAGCUGUGCCUCCUGAUGAGACGGCCGGCAUCCAAUCAGCAAAUUUCUCCGAGCGAGCAGGACUUCCUAAAGCGGGUGCAAACCAGGCGAAGCUAUCUCCUCUCGGAACCAGAUACUCCGGGGGCAGUUACACGGCUACUCAAGAAGUACGAGUGGAAGGAUUUCUUGAAGGAGAUCAUCAACUGUGCGGGACGGUAUGUUGAGAGCAGCACUCCAUCUGCGCAGACGGUAAGUAAGAGACGACCUACCGGGCAGUGUAUACUACAGGACGAAGUGCCUCUUCAUCUCUUCAUGCUCGCCAAGUCAAUCGGAGCUACAGGCUUCCUUUGA